AUGGAGCGCACGCUAAGAAGCGUAGCGACCGACGCUACACGCAAGCGAAAGCGCGGGGCUCUACAGGAUAUUAGUAACAAUGCAAAGAAACUUUCACAUCCGCGUGGUUCCUCACGAGGCGGCGUAGGCGUUAUUAAGAAGCGAGUAGAGAACGACGAAAGCAAGUCUCAGGCAUUGCGGGCCUCAGCACGAGGCAAGACGACGGCUACAACUGUUAACUCCGCGUUGAAAAGCUCAAUGGCAUCUACAGUUUCUAGCAAAGCGAAAAAGUGUAAACCGGUCGGUAAGAAGACCGAAACGACGCGCGUUAAGAAGCGGAAGCUCGAAGGUGUUGAAAACCAGCCACCAGUCCCACACCAAAAGGUUCAAACGAGUAUGUUGUCGUUUCAGGCUUCUUCAAAGCCUAGCGAGAGAAAAGAGAAUGAAGUUAUGAAAAAGGAGCAAGUCAGCGUGGAUGCAGAGGUUGAAUUAGCAGUGAUUGGUGAUCAAGAAUUGGUGGAGAAGAAAACUAGUGCAGAAGCGGUUGAGGUGGUAAGCGAAGAAAAGAAAAAUGAUACAUCAAAGGCUCAAGAGUCCGAAGAGUUGAAAGCUGAAGUUGCGGCACGAAAAAACGAGUAUUUUCCUCGUCCGUAUACAUGCGCUUUCGACCAUAAAGACUCGUGCUUUGAUGUUGAAACGUACACUGCAUCAGUGCGUGAUGUUGACGCGCCGUCUGCUACAAUAAGCUCGCACCAUGCGAAAUUAAUUCGCGAGCUUGAUACUUAUUAUAGAAAACAUGAGAUCAAGUAUUUGCCCGAAGCAGACUACAUUGGUACCGUCCAGAUGGACAUAAAUGAGAAGAUGCGAACUAUUUUGAUUGACUGGCUUGUCGAGGUUUGUGAGGAGUAUGAGCUUGACUCACAAACAUUCCAUAAAGCAGUUAAUUUGGUCGAUCGCUGCCUGAAGAAGAUCAAAAUUAAUCGCAAACAGUUCCAGUUACUUGGCUGCGCAUGUAUGAUGAUUGCAGCUAAGUUUGAAGAAGUAUUCGGCCCAAACGUUGAGGAGUUUGUGUACAUUUCCGACCAAACGUACACUGCUGUGGAGAUGUUAAAUAUGGAAGUACAGGUGCUUAAUGCACUGCAAUACCGUGUCGCAUCGACGACAUGCUACGGAUUUAUACACCGUUAUACAGAAGCAGGAUGUACGACGGACAAACAGCGAUCGCUGGUGCUGUAUUUAUGUGACUUCGCUUUACUGUUUCUCCAUAUGGUUCGGUUCAAACCCUCAAUCUUGGUGGCUUCUGCUGUAUAUCUUGCACGUCUAACAACGGGAGUAUCAGAUCCUUGGACACCGACAUUGCACCAUGCGACCAAGUACAAUCCAUUGGAUUUUCAAGAGUGCGUCGAAGAGUUACAUCGCCUUCACGCUAUUGAAAAUCAGGUCGUCAUAACUCAGCGCGAUAAAGCAAAAGCUGUGAGCGAGAAGUACUUGGUGGACAAAUUUCACAAGGCAAGCACAAUUCCUGCUUGCAGCAAGAGCCAGCUGGCAGACUCCUUGGACCUGUACACGCCUUUCGAGGCAGGCAAGGACAAGAGCUCUUAG